GAUUGGCCCCUCAGCUACACCGAGCGAAUUCAGAAUGAAUCAGCGGUUUUGAGGGGUCGUGGCGUGGCGUUCGAGCUGUUCGAAUUCCUGAUGGAGAAGUUCAAAUUCAACUACACCCUGGUGAUGCCGGAAUACAACAUCGUAGGAUCGACCGACGACAUGCAGGGCAGCAUUAUCGAAAUGUUGGCCACCGGAAAGGCCGAUGUCGCCGUUGGGUUCCUGCCCAUUUUGGCCGACGCUCGGAAGCACAUUCUGUAUUCGACGGGUCUGGACGAGGGCGAGUGGAUGAUGAUAAUGGUCCGUCCGAUGGAAUCGGCCAGUGGUUCCGGUUUGCUGGCUCCCUUCAAUCGUGACGUGUGGAUCUUGAUUCUGGUUUCGCUGCUGGCCGUCGGACCGAUCAUUUACAUCAUGCUGCUGGUUCGGAACAAAAUGACCAAGGACAAGGAACAGAUUUUGUAUAGCUUACCGUACUGUGUUUGGUUCGUGUACGGAGCGUUGAUGAAGCAGGGAAGCACCCUGUCACCUACGGGAGAUUCCACUCGAAUUUUGUUCGCCACCUGGUGGAUCUUCAUCACGAUUCUCACCUCGUUCUACACCGCCAAUCUUACCGCGUUCUUGACUCUGUCCAAAUUUACGCUUCCCAUCAACAAUGCCGAGGACGUUCGCCGCAAGGAGAAACAAUUUGUCACCAACCGUGGCAAUGCCGUCGAAUAUGCAAUCAAGAAUAGCGACGAAUCCCUCAACUACCUGAUGGUGCUGCUGGACAAGAAUCUGGUCGACUUCAGUACCAACCUGAACGACAGCGACAUCCUGAUGACGACGGUGUCCAAGAAGAACUACGUCUUCGUGCGGGACAAACCAGCCAUCGAGCAUCUGGUGUACCAGGACUAUUUGGUGCGCCGCAAGGUAAACCCGAUCAACGAACGCAGCCACUGUCCGUUUGCGACCGCAUUGACGCCAUUUUUGAAGCGGGUCAGAGCUUUUGGUUAUCCGAACAACACCAAGUGGAACACCCUGUUUGAUCCGCAACUACUCAACAUGGUCGAAGGAGGAUUGGUGAAGUUUAAACUGUUGGAAAAUUUGCCGAAAGCUGAAAUAUGUCCGCAGAAUUUGGGCAGCACAGAGCGUCAGCUCAAGAAUCGGGACCUGGCCAUGACCUACAUGGUUAUGAUGACCGGUUUUGCUACCGCGAUCGCAGUUUUCCUGUCGGAGAUGUUCUUCCGAUUGUUGAACGAACGUAAAAUGCGAAAGGAAAUGCAGAGCAACAUCGGAAGCGAUGCCAGUUCACCGAGAGAGAAGUUAUCGUUUGUCAAGGCUGCGGCCGGUGGAGGCUACGGAGAUUCUCCGCCACCGCCGUAUGCGGAAAUCUUCAGUCGUCACGCUAGUGGAGCCAGCAUGUUUGGUAAGCAGAUCGAAACCGAUGGGGCCUCGCGACAGAUGAUCAACGGUCGAGAUUACAUGGUGGUCAAGGAGAAGAAUGGCAUCGGUUCCCAGUUGAUACCGGUCCGGGCACCAUCGGCAGUUCUCUUUCAGUACACUUAUAACAAUUAGGAAGGAGUUCCGAUAUCGGGUGUUGCAAAACGCCUGUGUGUAUUGUUUGAUUUAUUCAAUGGUUCUAUUUAUGUUGGAAUAAGCAUUUAGCAGAAAUUGAAGACAGAACAAAAUGGCCUUAUCAAUAACAGAACAACAUCUGACCAUGAAAGUUGUGAUCCCGACGGAGUUCUGAUGACAGUUUAAACUUCUUAUAAACGCAGUUAGAGACCAGUGAUUUUUUUUUUUCAGAAAACAAUACCAAUCAAACAGUAAAUUUGAAAAAAAAACACACACACACAAAAACUGGUUUGAAAGUUUUAAAAGUUUCUUCAACAAAAUUAUUUCAAUAUCAUAAGAAUUCUCAUCAAGAAUAUUCAAAUCAUUUAAUCAGGAUAUUCUAUUGUUUGUUAGUUUAGUUAAAUUUGAAAUUAUGUUUGUACAAAUUCACAUGAACAAAAUUGGUUUAAAAGACAAUCAUUUUAAUUAUGGUAGCUAUCACACCAAAUUGUGAUCUCAAUCUCAUCUCAUAGUUGUUAUCUUAAAAAUAUUAAAAAAAGCACGAUGUAGUUGAACAGAAUUUAAGAAUGAUUUUAAAAAAAAAACCAUAAAUUAUGAGUACACGUUUUGUUCCAUUCUGACACAAACAAUAAAUGAAGAAAAAAUGGCAAAGUUGUUCAAAGAUCACUGAUGGAUUGGCUUAUAAACACUGUUAAAUAUUUUGUUGAUUUUGAAACAUUACACAACUUUGAAUUUGAACAAAUCCGGUACAGAUAAAACUUUACCUUACACAAACUGAUAAUUGCAUAGUUCGAACACUUGUUGAGAUAAUUAGCUGUAGAUAACUAGAAGAGCACAGGUAUUGAAAGUUCGCAGAUUUUCUGUCACAGCACAGCAAGAGCCGAAAAAUGCCUGUGAUUAAAAAAAAAUGAAAACAAA